AAAUAUUAUUUUCUGUUGCAUAUUAUCAUAGGAGUACUCUUUAUAGGGCAGCAUGAAGCAACCGAAAUUUCUGACGGGGGAGCUUUAACUGCAACAGUGAUUGCGCAGAAUGCGGGAUACCCAGCUGAAAGUUAUGAUGUUACCACACAGGAUGGAUAUGUUUUGCGAAUGGAUAGAGUCCCAGGAUCGAGAAAAAGUCCACCGAAUGAUAAUAAAACUGCAGUAUUACUUGUUCAUGGACUUCUAGAUGCCUCGCCUACGUGGCUUGUGGAAGGUGCUGAAAAGUCUUUAGGUACAUAUUAUCAAAUUAAUCACUUCCUCUCUUUAUUCCCUCUUUUUGAAAUAAUUCUCCACAUGUUGGACAAAAGAAAGUUUAAGAUUGAAACUCUGCAUAGAACACGAUUUUCUCUUGGUAAAAUGUUGUGCGUUCUAGCUGAUCAUGGCUACUCUCUAACGAAAUCACUAGGUUUUUAUGAAUUUAAGCCAUCCAACAGACUUAUACAAAUGAUUGGAUGGAAAAUAUGCAGUGGCGAAUCACCUUUGCAGCCAGAGUUUAUAGGCUUCCUUGAUCUAUUUGCUUGUGUGCAUAAAAAGCUUAAUGCGACUCUAUCGCCUCUUAUUACGCAAUAUUUUCCUGCUGGUGCUGCUAUUAAACAAUUAGCACAUUUUGUGCAAUUGUAUCAAUCAGGCAAGUUUCGGAAAUUUGACUAUGGCCGUGCCGGCAAUAUAGAAAUGUAUGACAAAACUAAUUCUCCUGAUUAUAAUCUCCGCAUUAUCAGAUUACCAGUGUAUUUGCAUUACGCCACCAGUGACAUAAUUGCCGACGUUCAGGACGUUCUGGAGUUGUACGAAAUGCUACCCAAUGCCCAGAAAUUUUUAUUACCAUGUGACGUUUUCGCGCAUCUUGAUUUCGUGUAGGGAAAGAAUGCCAAUACUUUGUUAUACAUUAAAAUUCUGAGUCUUAUGGAACGUUAUAGAAAGUAAAUGUUAAUUUUUACUUUGUACAUGUAAUUUACGUUUGAUAUUCAUUUUUAUGUUUUAUCAUAUUAUUAACAUAUUAGUGGU